AACACUGGCAAUGCAUGAGGGAGUUCCUGGCCAUCAUUUUCAGAUUUCUUAUGCAAUGGAGCAAAAUGACUUCCCCGAUUUUCGGAAAUACGGUUUCAACAGCAAUGCGUUUAUAGAAGGCUGGGCUUUGUAUGCGGAGUACCUUGGUUAUGAAUUAGGACUCUAUGAAGAUCCAUAUCAAAGGUACGGACAUCUGUCGGAAGAAAUUUUCAGAGCUUGUAGAAUGGUUGUUGAUACAGGCCUGCAUGUCUUUGGGUGGAGCAGGCAACAAGCUAUUGAUUACAUGAUGGAGAACUCUGCAGCCACCUUAAACAACAUUGAAAGAGAAGUGGACAGAUAUAUAACAUGGCCAGGACAAGCUUGUGCGUAUAAAUACGGCGAAAUGAAAAUCAAGGAACUAAGACGAAAAGCUGAGGCAGAAUUAGGAGAUGCUUUUGAUAUAAAAGAAUUCCAUGACGUUAUUCUACGUAAUAAUGGACCAAUGGAUUUAGUCGCAGAGCAAGUGGAUCAUCAUAUUGCUGUGACUCUUGCUUCAAGGUCAUAGAAGGAAUUUGUUUUGAACAUUAAUGCAGGUAACUUAUACUAUUGGACUGCGAGAAGACAUACUUUCAGCUUAUGUAAGAUGAAAUGCAUUGAAUUAAGGCCACUUUUAUGAGAAAGAUGAUAUGAAGUGAACUGGUAUUUACUCACCGAAAGCCUGCAAAGAAGAAAUUUUCUCUCCCUCAGGGUUUACUGAUUUAUAAUCAGCCGCAAAGAGAAGCAUUUUGUUUUCGUCUAUAAAAUUGUUUUUAUAAAAAUUUUCUUUCUUUUCCGCAGUAAAUGGCAUUAAAUAUCUAUUAUAUUUAA